AUGGAACGCAUAUAUAUAAUGCUUAUUUCGAAUUUUCAGCAUUUUCUCUUCGAUCGCUCAAACACCUUUCCAUUUUUGACACUGCCCCCUCUCAGUCUUCCUGACCUUCGUCGUCUUAUUGAAAAUCACCAGUGUGUCAUAGAAAAGGCCUCCACAGCAGUAAAAGUCGCGUGGAGGGCGAAAUCACUUGAAGUCGAAGGCCAGAAACGCAAAGAACUGCGUGAAGCCCUUGUUUCCUUCGCAUCGAAGCGGAAUGCAAUUCUUGCUAAAGAACAGAAGACCAAGGAAGCGGAAUUUCAGAAACGGCAAGCAUUGAGGCAGGAGGCGGAAGAGGCGAUUCGAGAAAAACGAAAACGAAACAUUGAACUAUCAGCAGCUCUGCGGCGUGAAGAGAUGGAGCUUCUGAAACGUGAUGCUGCCCACAAAAUUAUUGUGGAAGAGGAGAACCUUUGUGAAACUUCCAAACUCGAAGAGCAGUUAGGUGAAGAGGGAGAACGUAUGCUAAAGGAGCAUGCCGAUAAGAUGUCCGAAUUAGAUGAACGUAUUCGAGAAGCGACCUUCGAUCUAAAAUCUUCUCUAAAGUCGCGCUAUCCUCUUGCUGUUCUAAAUCUAGAGGAGAUAUCUUCUCGCCAAACACUGCCAACACAGUCAAAAGGAGACGAGGGAGAUCCAGAACUUGUAGAAAAUGUGGAGGGGAUUGGUUCUCCUUCUGAGGGCGAAAAAAUUAAGGAAAUUAUCUCACCUAAAAGUUCUCCCGAUGCCACGAAGUGUUCUCAAGUCUGCAUAUCAGCAUCCAAUCAGCAUCAAGAACCAGUUUAUGAAGUGAGGCAGCCACUUAUUGCAGACCGAAAUAAAUCAAACGAAGCUGGAUCUGCGAAGGUAACGCAUUUCCAGUCAAAGCGCCAAUUCAAUAGGGAAGAUUUUGAAGGAACCCGCGCUAAAGACAUCAUCUAUGGCAAGGGGCUUGGACCUAGUGCAAGAGAUAGUGCUUGGGAGAAACCGAAACCACGUGAACACCUACCUGACGAAGAUAUUAUCGCAUUCAGUCAAGAACUCCUCGAGCCCUCACAACUCAAAGCCUCGCCAUGGUCCGACCCCUCCGUAACCACUGGUAGUGAUGUGGGUACUUCCAACGCUUUCUCUGCCUUUCUUCGCUCCCUUGAUGCGAACUCCAAUCACGGACAAAUAUGUUCAUCAAAGUACCAAAAGGUUCCAUUCUUCUCUGCUCUCGACAGAGUCAUUGCUAGGCCUCUUCAAGCACGCUGUCUAAUAGCCGAUUCAGAUGAAGAAGGACAAAUUCGAGAACCUUUAAUGGGAUUACUUGAAUGUGCUAAUAGAUUCCGCCGAACUUUGCUAUUGUCUCAACAUGAUCAAGGUCGCUUGCUCGAUGCACUCGCUGUCUUACAGGAUCGAUUCAGAGAAGAUGCACAAGUCCUUCAUGGAAUUCUGAAGGUUCGCGUAUAUGAGACUAGUGCGUUGUCUCAUCUCCUGCAAACUUUGCAAUACUUCUGUACAACGAUUUGUUAA